CUUGCAUUUUACCAAUAAAAAUGGUCUCGAAAGUGAUUAUUGCUUUAUGCAUCACGCUAGCAGUAGCUUCGGCUGUCCCUCAACCUGCCACCGGUGGUGCCGGCGGUUGGGGAGGCUGGAACAAUGGCGCAGUCAACCCUUGGAUACCUCCAUGGAUCGCAUCGGCUCCCUGGUACCCGCAGUGGGCUCCUUGCACCACCAUCGGUAGUACUUGCCUAGAUUGCACUACCAAGCAAGUUUGUACAAAAGUAGGAGGUAUACAGAGGGCGUGUCUGGACCCGACUCUUCCUUACUGCAACCUCGGAGAAUGCUCCGCUACCCCCGCUGAAGGAUGUGAACCGGCCUCUGGUGCAUCUGUAGCACCGACCGCUUAAUAUUCGAUACUCAAAUAUAAUUUGUAUUUUUCACCUCGAAAAUAU